CACUCGGAUUCACAUUUCAAAUUUCACUCCUGCCGUCCUGCUCUUUCACUCCUGCGCCGCACUGCCCGGACACACACAUACCUCUAGGCUCUCAACUCUCAGCCUCUCAAGGUCUCACGGCACGGUCUCAACUCUCACCCCUCGGCUCUCGGCACUCAGCCUGUCACGGUCUCACGGUCUCAACCCUCGGCUCUCGGCUCUCAUGGUCUCACCCCCGAGCGGCCAGCCUCACCUCACUACCUCAGGUCCGCACGGCUCAGAUUCACUCGGAAUCUCCCUCAGAUUCUACUGUUUGCAUAACCGAGGAAGUGGAGCAUCGAUGAUGGCCAAGGCCGCGAUUAGCUCUAACGCGCAGGCCCUGUACUCCUUGGCCGUGAUACAGUUCAACGGCAGCGGGGGAUCCAAGAAUGAUAAGGAUCUCAGAGCCGACGUAGCUCUCUGUGCUCGGGCUGCCUUCCUUGGUCACAUCGACGCACUCCGCGAGCUCGGUCACUGCCUACAGGACGGAUACGGUGUGCGUCAGAACAUCACCGAGGGACGCCGGUUUCUCGUCCAAGCUAACGCCCGCGAGCUCGCUGCCGUGAUCUCCUCCGCAGCUGCUUCAGGCGUUCCCACGCGCUCUUGCUUCACUUGGAACCCACAUCCACAUCCACAAGGGCAUGAUGAUCUUAGUGCCCAUUUGGAGUUGGAGAUCAACAAGGGCAAAGAGGAUGCUUCAAAUUAUUGA